UGUGCGGGAGCCAUUAGAAGUCUCUUGUGCAAGUUUUUGGUUGUAUCGUAUUGUAUUGUUUACGUUAGUAUAUGCGACUAGAAUGAAUACGAAGGAAAAGGAAAAAUACAUCGAGGAAUUCGAUUUUCCAUAUUGCGAUGAAUCUUCCAAAUAUGAAAAAGUUGCGAAAAUUGGCCAAGGAACUUUCGGAGAGGUAUUUAAAGCUAAGGACAAAAAAACAAACAAAAAGUUUGUCGCAAUGAAGAAGGUACUAAUGGACAAUGAGAAAGAAGGAUUUCCCAUUACGGCAUUACGUGAAAUAAAGAUAUUACAAUUGCUGAAACACGAGAAUGUAGUCAACCUUAUAGAGAUUUGCAGGACAAGAGCAACUCAGUAUAAUCGAUAUCGGUCUACUUUUUAUCUGAUAUUUGAUUUCUGCGAACAUGACUUGGCUGGUUUGCUGUCAAAUGUAAAUGUGAAAUUUAGUUUAGGCGAAAUAAAAAAGGUUAUGCAACAGUUACUAAAUGGUCUUUACUACAUACACAGUAAUAAGAUUUUACAUAGAGAUAUGAAAGCCGCUAAUGUUUUAAUAACAAAGAAUGGCGUAUUAAAGUUAGCUGACUUUGGUUUGGCACGAGCAUUCAGUGCAAAAAACGGUCAUUCGAAUCGUUAUACCAAUAGAGUUGUUACUCUUUGGUACCGACCACCAGAACUCCUACUUGGUGACAGAAAUUAUGGACCACCAGUGGAUUUAUGGGGCGCUGGCUGUAUAAUGGCAGAAAUGUGGACAAGGUCUCCUAUAAUGCAGGGAAGUACCGAGCAACAACAGCUUAUAUUGAUUUCACAAUUGUGUGGCUCGAUAACGACCGAGGUGUGGCCUGGCGUUGAAAAUUUAGAUCUAUUUACCAAAAUGGAUCUUCCCAAGGGGCAGAAAAGAAAGGUCAAAGACAGACUGAAGCCGUAUCUGAAGGAUCCUUAUGCCUGUGACUUGUUGGACAAACUUUUAAUACUCGAUCCUAGUAAAAGAUGUGACUCUGACUCCGCGCUAAAUCAUGAUUUUUUCUGGACUGAUCCAAUGCCAUGCGAUCUCAGCAAGAUGUUGGCGCAGCAUACUCAGAGCAUGUUUGAAUACCUUGCACCACCGAGACGACCUGGUCAUAUGCGUCAUCCGCAUCAUCAAGUACCUGGAGGACCAGCCAAACCUAGUUCCAGUAUGGCUGAUAGUGGCUAUCAGGAUCGCGUUUUUUAACAUAUUUAUUUCUAUU